AUGAAUUGCAGACGUAAACCUCUUCCCCUUCACACGAAGGAAGUUCAGCUUGCUGAAUCUAUCCCAAAAGAAGAAUUAUACAAUUGGUCUUUAAAAAACGUUUUAGUUUUGUUUUUGGUUCAAUAUCGCGUGUCAGCUCCUUCCACAUUGCAGUCUGUAUCAACUAGCCAAUUAAUUACUGAUAAGAGAGCUUCUGCAAUAAGUAAUAACAAUAAUGCUAUUAACGUGAAGGAAAAACGAGGGUCACUGAAAUAUCCCAAGGAGUUUAUAAAGUACUUAACAACUGAACUCGAAAAUAUUAGUAUGGGUCGUAACCCGAAAUAUCAAGACCAGUUGCUUCGUGGGACAUUUGCCGCUUUCUAUACCACCAUCAGCAAACCCUACAUAAUGAAGCAGAUGAAAGAAUCUCGAAGAAUUGAAGAUUUGUUUUUAAUUUUCACCAGCUCAGUUUCAUCUGAACUCACAAAGCGUUUGGGUUCCUUUGAGAGUGACCUUUCUGAUGAGAUUUCUGUCUCAUUUAUAGAUUUGUGUGAGUCUAUUUUAAUAACUCGGCAGCUGCUUGCUCCUACAUCUGACUUUAUUGUUCAUCUUAAUAUGUACAAGUCAAAAAUUCAGAGUCGUACAGACAUCUUAACCUCAAAACGUGUUAGCAAAGGCACUGAAAAGUUUGAUUUUUCUUCGUUUCCGCUUCUAAAGGUAUUUGCUUCGAUAUUUAAGGUAGCAUACUCCAAAGUUUUGUUGGAUGCUGAAAAUGUGUUUUCUACUAUUGAUGAAUCGGCUAUAUUUAAAGAUAUUACGAUAUUAAUUGACGAUCUCGAAAAUGACACUUGUAAAUAUUCUCAGUCUGUCUUAGACUUUUCCAAUUACAAAGCCUAUUCUACUUAUAAAACUCGUGAACUGCAGAUAUUAGAGCAACAUCGAAAAAUCAUGCUUAGCUUUAAUCCGCUAUUGUCAGAAAUCUACAACAGAAAUCAUGGAAAUAGCUCUAGUAGUACACCAGAGACACUAACUUGCGUCCCUCCCGUUACACGCCCUUACUUUCGACAGUUGCUAGCACUUUGUCUUCAAUACCGUUCUGGCGUCUCUGACUGCGCAGAGGAAAAAAACGUAAAUACAUUCAUUCGUGAAUGCUCGAUUUAUUGGAGAAUUUUGCCUUCAAGUCGAUUAGCAUUGAGCAUGGAGCUUGGUCGUGAAUAUUUUCAAAAGGAUAUAAUAUCAAUGAUGAAUGUUUUAGAUUACUUUGGCGAGUUAUCUAAGGUGACGAAGGAGUUCGAAAGUGUGUACUGGCCAAAAGUAGAUGUAUCUAUGCUCAAAACAGCUCUUGUUGGAAUUCGAAAUGUACUUUUACAAAGGAUUAAGAUUUCGCUCAUUAAUGUUUUAAAUAACAAGAAAUCUAAUUUUCAUAAUCUAUUAGUUGUACUAGAAUUAUGCCUUGAAAACGGUAAAUAUGUUAACGAGGAUUUAAACCCGAAAGCAGAAUUUAUAUCAAUUGCAUUGUGUUUACAGGAAAUCUGUCAGGAAAUUUUCCUUAAUGAGUUUAAUAUAUCAUCAAAAAAAGCCGUUUCCGACGGAAUCGAUGAAAUCUUGUUGCAGAGUCGUGCUCUGAAUGAUAGAGUCGAAUUUAUUCAACAAACCUGUCCAGACGCUAUUUACGGCAUAAUUUCCUUACCAAGUCUAUUCACCAGUGUUGUUUUGCCUAAUUAUAUUACUUCUGCAAUGGAGGUGACCAAAGCUCAUCUUCAAAGUAAUGCUAAGGGUAAUCUCGAUGCUCUUACGAAUGACAUGAUUGACGCUUAUGGAGAUUUGAAGAGAAUGAUUAACUUACUUCGUUUUUACCAUCAAGACGAAUACGAACUUGGUAACUUUGAAGGAUUUUUUCAACCGUUUGUGGAUUCUUGGCUGAAUAACGUAGAAGUCAACGCGAAUGAUUGGCUUCAAAGAGCAUUGCAGAAAGACACAUUUGAUACUCUGAAUAAAGAAGCAGCAUGUAGUAGCUCCAUUAUUGAUCUUUUUCACGCUUUUCAUCAAUCCUUCCGUACGCUUAUGAAUUUUGAAUGGGAAGACACUCUUUGCAAUGCGAGGUUUUUUACGAAAUUCUUUAGGAUCGUGUAUAUGGUUUUAUCUAAAUAUACUAGCUGGGUAUUGAAAACUUUUUUUGAUGAAGCUAAUAAAAAAGAUGAAAGCGUGGACUUGCGAACUGAAAACGAAAGCUCAAGCUCAUCUUGGUUAUCGAAAGCCCGAACAAUGCUAUCUGGUACAUCUGAGGUUUUACCUUUUCACUUCUCUACAUUCAUGUGUAUUUUAUUGAAUAAUGUACAUUAUGCUAUCCAGGCAUAUGAAGAACUUGAAAGUAAAAUAGAUCUCCAAGAGUUAGUUCAGGCUCUUGACCAGGCUGAAUCAACAAAAGUUCAAAAGCUUUCUACGACUAACUAUUUGUAUACGGUGAAGGUUAUUCGCGGUGAAAAUUUACAACCCGAUGAUACUGGAAAGAUUCGAACUUCCUACGUUGUCCUAACUGACAAUAGAGGAAAGCGAAUUGGGAAAACUAGGCCAAUUCAUUCUAUGAACCCCCGUUGGGAAGAUUCUUUUGAAAUAAAAGCAAAAGAUUCUCUAAUAAUUACUGCCAAUUUAUGGUCUAAAGGAAAGUUCGGCGAUCAUGAAAUAUUUGGAAGAUGCUCGUUUCCUUUAACACCUAAAGUAUAUGGCGAUUAUAUAGCUAGAGAAGAUUGGCUAAAUUUAAAUCCACAUGGAGAAUUGCUUUUCAGAAUUGAAAUGGACGGCGAAAAAGAACACAUUGGUUUUUAUGUUGGACGCACUUAUCAUGAUCUGGAACGAUCUCAAAGUGAAAUGAUUAGAUUUAUUGUCAACAAAAUGGAUCCAGUUAUAAGUCAGAAUCUAUCAAUGCCAACUUUGAGAAGACUGUUAUCAGGUUCAUGGAUGGAUUUUGAUAAGACUAUGACUUCUGUGACUAGUUUGUUUAAUCGAGCUACACUAACUUCCUUUUCAAAGAAGGAAGAUCCCAAGAAAGAAGACCAUGAGCUAACUGAUGUGGAAAUCGAAUCCGCAAUCAACGAUUUGCUUGAUUUUUUUGACGUUAAUUUUUCAGUUAUUGCUCGCCAUUUAUCAAAAGAUGUCUUUAUUACGGUUAUGUCUUAUGUAUGGGACGAAGUAAUGUGUACAAUAGAGGAUUUGUUACUGCCUCCCGUCUCUGCGAAACCAAUUGAGAGGAAGCCACUCCCCGAAAACCAAUUAAAUAUCGUAUACAGUUGGUUACAAUUCCUCAAAGACUAUCUACAUGCUAAUGGCGAAGGUGUUAAGCUUUCUGUAUUGGAGACAGAACAUUAUCAAGAACUUUUAAAAAUACGAGAGUAUUACGACAAAUCUACAGAUGAGUUAUUAGAAGAGUGUGAAAAGAUUACUCUGCAUUUGUACCAUUCUUCUCGAUUAAUAAACAAUUUAACCGGAAAUAAUGCGGGAAUGUCUAAACUGGCAAAACUGAGCAAUAAGGAAAUUUACAGAUCAGGAACAAUAAGACAAUAUGUUCCACAGGUCCAACAGGCCACGGAGGGUGAACUAGAGAGGAACGAACGUAUUAUCCUAAGGAUUUUACGGAUGCGUGCCAAUUCAAAACGAUUUUUAUUAAAACAUUUCCAGAGAAAGGAUAAGCUCAAAAUGGCGGAUGCUAUGAGGAACGGAUAUGUGAUGCCACUUGGGCACUUAAAAAAGGUAUAA